ACGCCCCAUGAAUACUUUAGUGCUAGGUUCUCGAGAGCGGGAACACACCUAGCACCCGGAACUGCAGCCUCAUCCCUGCUCUGUAGCGCCGCUGCAAAACAGACUGUAAUCCGACCUCCGUUGUUGCAGUGCCGUGUGUGGAGCUUUACGAUGGAAGCGGAAGAAUUCGUACAACUGUGGCACGCGAGCUUUGGGCCAGAGACCCAACCCCCUGAAAGCUGUUCGAAUCUCGGCAAACGUCUCACAGCACAGGAUGUGGGCACGGAACUGAGGGCCUGCGAAACGCGCGUAGAGAGCCUCCGGACCCAACUGACGAGGGAGCUGAGGGCACUCGAGUUGCUGAGGAGGCUAGUAGCCGACCUAGAGCGGAGGGAGUCCGGCGGGGGAGAUAGCACGCGCCACCGUAUCCCACCUGAGGGAGAAGGGAGCGCUCUUCGCUCGCGGGCUGCCUCUCAACCCCAUCGGGACAAGCCAGCACACACCGAGCCCGGAUCACCCUACACUCGGAAAUCGGCCAGUGUCCCCGCAUCCCCGCGUCGCGCCAGACCUGACAUUGUCUUCUCGACGAGCGUACACGUAGCCGUGAAAUCAAAGGACCAGGAGACCGUUCCAUCGUGUGACAGUACCGCCGAAAGAGAACGCCCCGGGACAGACGGCUCUACCACCCCCGACGAGAAAGACAGGAGGCACAGCGACGGCUCAGUAGGGGAGAGAAGAGGCUCUGCAAUUAGAGAAAGGGCACCGGGCCAGGCUAACGAGGCAGAUAAGUGCGUGGCUAGAGCUGUCAGGAAAAGACUGAUAGAGCAGGGGAAGUGGUGGUCUUCGAAUCUACUGACACUUCAGGGGUCUCUUCAGGCGCAGACUCCUCCUAUCAAUCGUCGACGCUCGGUGAGCGACCCGCCAGUCCAAGUCUACGGACAGCGCAGACGUGUACCGGUCCCCUCCAUAAAAGUCCACAAAGUCAUCGAAAGUUUUGAAAAACUUUGCCAGGAAACUGCUCCCAAAGUAAACGCAGCAGUCGGAGAGAAGGAAAUUUCACACGUCCUCCGACGCCACACGUCGCUGGAGACUGUUAACGAACGCGAGAAGCCCUCAGUUGUGGUUGACAAAAAAGAAGUCGGGGUGACUUCACAGUCACCACCAGAGAGAGAUCGUCUGGGAAGUCUUCCAGUUAGACGGACACGAUCAGAAAGCCAGGAGGAAAAGUAUAUUUUCCCCGGGUGCAAGAACCACGUGGUGUACUCGACACACUCGCUCAACCGACGCUACGUAAAGUCACAGCUCUCACAGCUAGAGGAAGAGGGCCCCACGUCGAGUACGUUGAAGCGACAGCAGCUGUCCAUCGAGGCAAAGUUAGCCAACAGGAGAAGGACGGGAGGUUGGAAAGUUGUGGAAGUCGGUGGACAGCGAAGACUUCUGAGCAAGACACCGUCCCUACAGCAGAUCAACAUUAGCACUAGAGCUGUUUGCAACGACAGGGCUGCUCAACAUAAGGAACACUACAACACAGAAAACACGCGAGUAACACGGCAGCGUUCUGUCACACAAAGUAACAACAGAGGAGUCCACUCAGGGGCGGUGUCGGAAGUGGCCCACGAGAGAAGGGUCACCCCUGUCAAGACACAGUCCAGCAACAUGUUCAAGGCGGCGAAAGAGAAACUCAGCCGCGUGACUAGCUCCCCGCCGCUUCGGAGGAGACCCUCGCGAGGCUCCAGAGGUCGCUCGAGCAACGGACAAGUCGAGCAAACGUCCUCAUCGGUGUCGCCCUCCCCCGUGCCCCCCUCGGGUGUCAGUGGUGUCCAGGAGGUAAUGGUGGAGAAGAGGGUGGAGAGGAGCGAGUCGCUGCUCUCGGAGAUCAUGUCUCACAGGUUUUCAAACGGGAUGGAAGGCUCCCAGCUACUUGAGAGUGGGGAGCACUCUCUCCUCGAGAGUCAGGAGGGGAGUGGAGGCGAGUCUGCAAACGUACUGAAAGUAACCUUGCGGCGACGGUCUGAGAGAGACAACGACCCGCUACCGGAGGCAAAGCGACGGUCGUCGUGUCUCGAGGAAGACGACUGCUCCACGCCAAAGGAAGAAUUCUCGCUCUCGCUCGGCGACGACAGCCUGACGCAGGGGCUGACCAAGGGGAUGGUGGAGGCAAAUAGCCUGCAGGUGCAACGUAUGGCGUCAGACAGUACCCUUCGGCAAGACUCACUUGAGGCAACGCUCACUCCGGCUAGUAUCACCAGCGGGGGCUCGCCCACCCCUGCCCCGGGUAACGUCAACUACAGAAUGAGCUACAUGACCGCCGUCCACGACAGCCCCCAAAUGGCCUACGCCUCUUCGGGUGGUGGAGGUGGCCUCAGAGAUAGCAACCAGGUCGACUACAUGCCUCUCAUCAACGAGAGCGAAGGAGAGACGACGGCCAGUGGCAGACUUGCUCUGGUCGCCUCGGAACCAAAUCUACUUGAACGUCACAUGCUAGAGGACAGUAUGGAGCUAGAUGAGGCCACCAUAUCUGCCGUCACUCUCAACAACGACAUGUUCGGCUCGAGAAGCGGGUCGGUCACGAGUCUACCCGAGACACUAAACGAUUCGCAGAGCACCUCCACCGCGUCACUCACAGAACCUUUCCUCUCCCCCUCCCACACCACGGCCCCUGUCGUCAACCUUCGUCCGUCGAGCGGGAGCUCGGGGGCCGGGCGACGGAGGAACCGGAGAAGGGAGGGGAACGCCGAGCUGGACGACCAAACGGGCGCCUCCUUGGUAGAGAUGCUGUCCUCAGAGAGACUCCGAUCGCCCAACACGACGGCCUCUUCGUCCCAGUACUCCACGACCUGCUCCCUGUCCCCACCUGCGGAGGAGGUGAUGGUUAACAUGAGCGGAAGCCCCACUCUGUACCCUCCUCCUCUCCACGGAACACACUUGAAGGAAAUCGAGACCCAGAGUCCAGGGACCACCAGGUCGUCCAGGAUCUACCCAGUCCGACGGAGUACGGUGGUGGUGCAGGGAGAGAAACUGGUCAUCAGGAAACUGGUGGUGGCUGGGAUCGUGUCGGCCGAGAAGUCCUAUCUCGACUGCCUCAACGUCAUGAAAGAGUCUACCGGAAAGGCCUCUGCUGGCACGGACCACCACAACGUCAGGUCAUUCUGGCGACGAGAGACAAUCAACACGUGUUCUACCGGACGGAGGACCUGGUAGACCUGCACACUGCCCUACAUGAGAAACUGGAGCCUCAGUUGAGGGACUGGACUGUCAACACCUGCGUGGGGGACUUCUUUGUUGAACUGUGUAGAAAACGCGAAAGCUGUAUCAAGACUCUAGGUGGAGUUCUAUCACCAUCUCUUCAAGCCUCGGAAAUUAAAGACUGGAUCAGCUCCUUUCCGAACUUUUCUCUAGAGGAUGUCCGAGCGCACCGGUAACGGCUCUCACCAUACGACGUUCCAAGAGUCAACGAGCUUCUGAGGCAGACCCAUUGAAGACUACAUGAGCUACUCUCUCAUCCUAAAUGAUCUCUGUCAACACACACCCCAGAAGACCACCAGGACUACAGUGUUCUGAGACAGUCGCGACAUGUCAUGUCGGCAUUCAUAGCAGCACCCAUGAGCCCCAGUCCGUCAGCAAGUUGAGUGGUGGCUAUAACCGAGAACUGGUAAGGAAGGACUAAUGUGUGAACUCUCAGAGGGCAUCCGGAAGGUCCGCAGAGUCUUCUCUUCCACGACGUCGUCGUCUCCUCAAAACAA